AUGGAUACCUUUCAGGAUGUCGUAGGCUCUAUACAACAUAGAAUCCACGCAUUCAAUCAUCAAAUUUCCCAAAUAUAUCAAAAGAUUGAUCAUCUACGCCAAAUUAAUAAUCCAGUUAUCGAAAACUUGUUCAGUAUUGAUCAAGAAUACCUUCAUGGCCACUCGAAGUGUAAUGACGUUCAAAUCAUCAUCACAGGUACUCCUGGCGUGGGUAAAAGUAGCUACAUCAAUCAAUUAAUCGACUAUCCUUUACUUCCAACAAAUUUUUCUUUAUCCAAUUCUUGCAUAUGGAAAAUUUAUUACAGUCAAGAGCCAAGAGUUAUAAUUCAAAAUUAUCCUGUGAACGCUGACAAGGGCGACAACAGUAAUUGCCUGUCUCAAGUAGUUCAGAUAGAGAUCAAUGAUUACCAAGAACUGCAAGCUAUCUAUAAAAGCUCAAUUUUCACUAAGAAAAGUGACUUCAAUUGCUACAAGAUAAUAACUCUAUAUUGGCCGCUAGCAGCUUUAAAGGAGAACAUAUCUGUCAUUGAAAUAACUUCAUCUUUAUGGCAUCUGCUAGCUGAUAAAAUAUCUUCUGUCAUAUCAUCGUCUUAUCUGGCUCUCAUCUAUAUAUUAGAUGCUACGCUUCUGAUUGAUCAAACAAUAAAACAGAUCAAUGAUUUUAGAGACAGUAUUCAGCAACUCAAUAAUGGUAUUAAAAGUCAUCACAUCAUGAAAUCAAUGCUAUUCGCGUGCAAUAAGAUGGAUUUAAUUAACGCUGAUCGUAAUCCAAUGUCAUUAUCAACAUAUGCUACUUUACACGAUUUCCUAUCUAAAAGCUGGAUUGGCUCUCGAAAGCAGCGCUGCUACAAUUGCAUCUCCAUCACCACUACAGAUAUUGCCAUGGCCGCGUUCUGUAAAAGCAGCAUACAAGAAAGACUACUCCAUAUUAAUGAUAUUUUUAACUAUCAGAUUAGCCGUGAGAAUAACGUAAAAAUAAGAAAUCUGAAAGAAUAUAUAAAUAGCUUAAGUCAAAACAUUCAGUUUUUGCAAGAAAUGGUCAAUUUGAAGAUGAAUCAUGAUCCAACUUACGAGAUAAAUUCAGAAAAUUUUCGACUUCGACUUUGCGAAUUAGAAAGCAAAUUGAAAAAGCCUACUAGGAAGCUCUUAAAUGAACUAAUGUCAAGCAGUAACCAAAUUCAGCGCAUGGAAAUGAUUAUUUUGGAUUAUUGUCGGAAAGAUCAAGUUCAUGCCGAUUUAUUCCAUUGGCAAGAAUGUGAUUUCCAUGAUUUCUGUUGGUUUCAAGAUAUGUACUCCUAUGCUCAAAAUAAAGUAGCGACAAAAUUAUUAAAAAAAAUUAAUGAAAGCGAAAAUAUUGACCAACUUCUGAUGCAAUGGAGGCAUGAUGUUUUGGAUGAUAUACGACUUUAUUUUAAUCCAUUCUCUGCAGUAAAAGAUCAAUACAAGCAACAGCAAGAUGAUCAUCAAAAUUUAUCAGAAUGGAUGAAAGAUCAAAUACAUCACUGGAAAGACGAGCUGCCUACAUUGUUCCAAGCAAUGACUAUUCCAGCCAUGCUAUCUUUUGAUUGUGGUUAUUUGGGAUUAGCAACAGUGACUGUUUAUUUCAUCUAUAAUGCUUAUAAUAUCAAGCCAAGACUAAUGCAAGUUUUACAAGCAACAAGUCAUAAAAUGUUUCAUGACUUAGUUUCAUCACCAAUUAUACAUCUAGUACGCAGAGAACAGGAUAAACUAUUACAACAACAAUUAGAUAGUCAUUUAAUAUCGCAUAUUGAGGCUACUUUAAAAGCCUAUGAACAAAUCUAUCGUGAUAUCAGCGAUGAUGACAUGAGUCACUCUAUAAUUUCGUCAUUUAAAUCUAUUCUGCCUCAAAUUCAAUUAAUUCAUCAAAAUCUUAAAGUGCUGGAUAUUCUUUAUAUUGAAAAAUUUGAAUUUUCAUCUCUCGAUGUCAUGGAUUAUCAAACCUUUCCGGAUCAUUUUGUGCGUGAUUCAGACCCACGACUGCUUAAAUGCCGCAUUCAACACCAACACUAUCGACAACUUGAUGUGCAUUUGCGCCAUUAUAACUAUCAAAUCGAGGAGUCUAAUGUUGAUGAAAUUCUGACACUUAGCCAAUCGUUAAGGAAAAUGGAUCAUCAAAACGUAGGAAAAUUACAAGGAAUUCUCAAACAUAUCCAUCUAACUCAUUGUCACCUUUACUUUACUUAUCCAAGCACGGCAUGUACAUUAAGAGAAUUUUUAAAUGGAUCAUCUGAUUGCAUUCCAGCUCAUUAUUCUUCCGAUUUUACUAAACAACUAUCAGCUUAUCAAUCCAUGUUAUCCUUAGCUACCGAUAUCUGCCAAGGCUUAGCAUAUAUUCAUGAACGAGGAUUCAUACAUUGUCAUUUAACAUUAGACUAUGUUCUGCUAACGUCGACAUGCACAGCAGUCAUUUGCGAUAUUGGCUCACCAAAAGUAGAGAACUGGAUCUUUGAUAUCGAAACAUUAUCACAUUAUCAACUAAAAUUAAUGCAGUAUAUGGCUCCUGAAAUUCUGCACAGGCAGAUUCACAAUGGCCGAUCAGACAUUUAUUCCUUUGGUCUAUUACUAUGGGAAAUGUGGUAUGGCCUAAGCAUAGAUUGCCAUAUUGAAAAUCAAUCACAAACCAGUAGAAGUAAUAUCAUUGAAAUGAUUCUUCAGCAACCACCUCCAUCUUUAGAUAUAACUCCAAUCCCCGAAGAAACGUUCAGGAUCUUUGUUGCUCAGUGCCUAUAUGCUCAACCUGAACUGAGACCAAGUAUACAAGUUUGUCAGCAAAUUUUGUACGAACUACGUCGUCGUGCCUGUACUUCUGAUUCUUAA